ACGCUCACCAAGCCCACCUUCUGCCACCUGUGCUCCGAUUUCAUCUGGGGGCUGGUCGGCUUCCUGUGCGACGUCUGCAACUUCAUGUCCCAUGAGAAGUGUCUGAAGCACAUGAAGACCCCGUGUGUGUGCGUGGCGCCCAGCCUGGUGCGGGUCCCGGUGGCGCACUGCUUUGGCCCCCGGGGGCUGUACAAGCGCAGGUUCUGCGGGGUCUGCCGCAAGUGCCUGGAGGUGCCUGCGCUCCGCUGCGAAGUGUGUGAGCUGCACGUUCACCCCGACUGUGUGCCCUUCGCCUGCAGCGACUGUCGCCACUGCCACCAGGACGGGCACCAGGACCACGACACGUACCACCACCACUGGCGGGAGGGGAACUUGCCCUCAGGCGCACGCUGCGAAGUCUGUCGCAAGACGUGCGGCUCCUCGGAGGUGCUGGCCGGCCUGCGCUGUGAGUGGUGCGGCCUCCAGGCCCACUCCGUCUGCUCCUCGGCGCUCGCCCCCGAGUGCACGUUCGGGCGCCUGCGCAGCAUGAUCCUGCCCCCCGCCUGUGUGCGCCUGCUGUCUCUCAACUUCAGCAAGAUGCACUGCUACCGCAUAGCCGAGACCUGGGCGCCUGAGCCAGGUGAAGGGGACGAUGGUGUGGAUGGAAGUGCCCCAGUGGGCCCAGGCCGAGAGGCGCUGGCGUCUCCGGAGUCCAGCAAGCAGACGCUGAGGGUCUUCGAUGGCAACGACAGCCUGCGGAGAAACCUCUUCCGUCUGGUCACCGUCCCCCGCCUCGCCAGGAGCGAGGAGGUGCUGGAGGCGGCCCUGCGGGCGUACUACGUCAGUGAGGACCCUCGAGACUUCCAGCUGCAGGCGCUGCCCCUGCCCGUGCCUGCAGGGGAUGGCGAGGCCGGCGGAAAGGAGGAGGGGGGUCGAAGCCCUUCGCCGGAGGCCUGGGUCAUCCGGGCCCUGCCCCACACACAUGAGGUCCUGAGGAUCUACCCGGCCUGGCUCAAGGUGGGUGUGGCCUACGUGUCGCUCCGUGUAACUCGGCAGAGCACGGCGCGCUCUGCGGUGCUGGAGGUCCUUCCGCUGCUCGGCCUCCAGGCAGAGAGCCCCGAGAGCUACCAGCUGGUGCAGGUGCUCCUGGGCAGCAGGCAAGUUCAGCGGACGGUUUUGGCGGAAGACGAGCCCCUGAUGGACCUCCUCCAUGACAUGCGGCAGACGUCCCUGCGGCAGAUGAGCCACACACGUUUCUAUGUGGUGGAGAGCCAGGCCCUGACACCUCACAUCUCCCUGUUUGUGGGCGGCCUGCCGCCUGGCCUGGCCACUCAGGAGUAUGGCCCCCUGUUGCAAGAGGCCCUGGGCACCAAAGCUGACGUGGUGACUGUGAGUCAUGUCUACGCCUCGCAAGGUGCCGUGGUGCUGGACCUCGCCUGCUUCGCCGAGGCUGAGCGGCUGUACAUGCUGGCCAAGGAUGCGGUCGUGCAGGGGCGCCCGCUGACGGCACUGGUGCUCCCUGACGUGCUGCAUGAGAAGCUACCCCCCGACUGCUGCCCCCUCCUCGUGUUUGUGAACCCCAAGAGUGGGAGCCUCAAAGGUAGAGACCUGCUCUCCAGUUUCCGGAAGCUGCUGAACCCCCACCAAGUCUUUGAGCUGACCAAUGGGGGCCCUCUCCCCGGGUUCCAUGUCUUCUCCCAGGCCCCCCGCUUCCGGGUGCUGGUGUGUGGCGGGGACGGCACCGUGGGCUGGGUGCUCGGUGCCCUGGAGGAGACACGCCACCGCCUGGCCUGCCCUGAUCCUUCUGUGGCCAUCCUGCCCCUGGGCACAGGGAAUGACCUCGGCCGCGUGCUACGCUGGGGCGCGGGCUACAGUGGAGAGGACCCCUUCUCAGUGCUUGUAUCUGUGGAUGAGGCCGAUGACGUGCUCAUGGACCGCUGGACAAUCCUGCUGGAUGCACAGGAUGCCAGUGGCGCUGAGAACAGCUCAGUCGACCUGGAGCCCCCCAAGAUCGUCCAGAUGAAUAACUACUGUGGGAUUGGCAUCGAUGCUGAGCUCAGCCUGGACUUCCACCACGCCCGAGAAGAGGAGCCGGGGAAGUUCACCAGCAGGUUCCAUAAUAAGGGUGUGUACGUGCGGGUCGGGCUGCAGAAGAUGAACCAGUCACGCAGUCUGCACAAGGAGAUCCGGCUGCAGGUGGGGCAGCAGGAGGUGGCACUGCCCAGCAUCGAAGGCCUCAUCUUUAUCAAUAUCCCCAGCUGGGGCUCGGGGGCCGACCUGUGGGGCUCUGACAGCGACGCCAGGUUCGAGAAGCCGCGCAUGGACGACGGGCUGCUGGAGGUGGUGGGUGUGACAGGCGUCGUGCACAUGGGUCAGGUCCAGGGUGGGCUCCGCUCCGGCAUCCGCAUUGCCCAGGGCUCGUACUUCCGCGUCACGCUCCUCAAGGCCACGCCUGUGCAGGUGGACGGUGAGCCCUGGGUCCAGGCGCCCGGGCACAUGAUCAUCUCGGCUGCGGGGCCCAGGGUGCACAUGCUGAAGAAGUCCAAGCAGAAGCCCAGGAAGGCCGGAGGCGGCCCCAAGGAGAACCGUGUGGAUGCGAGCCCCGAGGGCGAUGCCAAAUAGACGCAGUAGGGGAGGCUGAGGGCUGGAAGUAGCCCAGUGCCCACCCUGGUCCACCACCGGGCAGUGACCUCGUCCUGACGUCUUCCUGGGACCAAGGCGUCCCCAUCCAGGCCGCCCCUGGGGGCUGUGGGCGUGCCCCCGGCCUUGGCAGUCAGUGUUGGGGUGGCCCGGGGGCUCUGCGGAGGCCUUGAGGGCUGCAUCCUGCUACCUGCACCUCCGAGCUCCCCCCCAGGUGGCCUGUUGCUGGGCUUCCCCUCACCUCCUGGACCACUCUGGGUGUAGCUGGCCCUGGGGCUCUGAGGCACAUGUUUCAACCUCUGCGCAGAAAUGGCAGACCCAUGCCCAGAGGGGGACGUGGGGCCUGGGAGACCCUGGGCGUGCUCUGGGUGUCUGCAGUAGGGUCUAGAUCAGUGGGCUUGGCUGGGAGCCCAUGCUGCCUUGCUGGUAGGUGGUAAUACAAAGCUGAGCUUGGUAUGGGUGGUGCAGGGCCAGUGGCCGCCCCUCUUGAUGCCUAUCCGAGCAGGUAGAAGGGACCAGGAGGGUGUAGACGGAUGACACUGGGCUGGGCGGAGGAACCGCUUUAAUUCCCACUCCACGUGACGCACUUUACAUACUAUUGCCUGCCAGAUGCAUGGCUGCGACUGGCGCCCUGACCCCCUGGCCCAGGGGCAGUGGCUAGCCGGGACCCUGGGGCUCCUUUGGAACUCGGACCACAAGGACAGAAAUGAAAGGGAACUAAACUAUGUGGGACGUCUCCCGAGGCACCCACACCAAAGAAGGGGGCCCCCGUGGCCCCUGACUCCCUGCACUGUGGAGCUUGGCUGGGCCUGAGUGCCAGCCUGCUGCUGGCCUGAGUUUGGGCCUUAACCCUGGGGCAAGCCAAGGGAGGCAGACCCCAGGGUGUCCCCCCCUCCCUGCCCCGCUUGUGCCCAAACUGCACCCAGUGUGCACCGUGUUUACGUGUUUGUAACUGGUCCAUGCAGCUCUGCGUGACUCGUGCUCGCUUGUGCCCAAACCGCACCCAGUGUGCACCGUGUUUACGUGUUUGUAACUGGUCCACGCAUGCAGCGUGUGAUUCAUGCUCGCUUCGCCGUCUGCUCUGUGGGCGCUGUUGUCAGCCACGGCCCGGGGGACCGGGGGUGCUGUCAGGCCCCGUGUCUCCUGUGGCAGGCUGCUCUGCUGAGAGCUGCACUGACUGGGUCCUGCUCUCUGUGUAACUUAUAGCUCCCUGAAUGUACGUAACUUAUGUGACAAACACAGUGCUGGAUAUGA